UGGAAAACAACAUUGGAUCAUUCUCCAAUCGCUAAAACCAAACUCCAUUUCCUUUCUGGCGUUGGAUUUUGGUUCACUUCCGCUGAAAAAAAAAAAAACCCCCAAUUGGCAAAACACUAUCAAAUUACCAAACAGACGCAAUUCAAGAAUACGGAGCAGCCGUCGCCACUUCCCACAGAUCAUCGGGGCAAUUACAACGACCUCCGUUGGGCCUCAAUUGCGAAGUAGAACCAAAUGGCGUCCAUGGAAGUCGACAGCGCGAACUCUAAUGUUUCUGACCCUGAUAAUCCUAGAUUUUCCACUAACGUAUUGCAGCUCUUGAAAUCUUCCCAGAUGCAGCAUGGGUUACGUCAUGGAGACUACACUCGCUAUCGGAGGUACUGCACAGCUCGGCUAAGGAGGCUUUAUAAAUCUUUGAAGUUCACUCAUGGCCGUGGAAAAUACACCCGACGGGCCAUUACUCAAUCAACUGUUACUGAAGUCAGGUUUCUCCAUGUGGUUCUGUAUAUGGCGGAGAGAGCAUGGAGUCAUGCCAUGGAGAAAAGGCAAUUACCAGAUGGUCCAAAUGCACGUCAGCGUAUCUAUUUGAUUGGUAGGCUCAGGAAGGCAGUGAAAUGGGCCAAUCUGUUUGCACAAUUGUGUGCUAGCAAGGGAGACCCAAGAACAUCUUUGGAAGCAGAGGCUUAUGCAUCGUACAUGACAGGGAACUUGUUGUUUGAACAAGAUCGGAAUUGGGACACUGCAUUACUAAACUUUAAAAGAGCCAGAGCUGUUUAUGAGCAACUUGGGAAAGUAGGAGAUCUGGAGCAUCAAGUUUUGUGUCGUGAACGCGUGGAGGAGCUGGAACCUAGUAUACGAUACUGCUUGCACAAGAUUGGCAAAGCUAAUCUACAGGCCUCUGAACUUCUACAUAUUGGGGAGAUGGAAGGUCCUGCUCUAGACCUUUUCAAAGCUAAAUUAGAGGCUGUCAUGUCGGAGGCCAGAUCUCAGCAGGCUGUUUCCCUGACCGAGUUUCAUUGGCUAGGUCACAGGUUUCCAAUAUCCAAUGCAAAAACGAGAGUUGCCAUAUUGAAAGCUCGGGAAUUAGAAAAGGACUUGAAAGGUUCAGCAGCAGAUUCAAUUCCAGCGGAGAAAAGAUUGUCCAUUUAUGAUAAGAUAUUUGCAGCGUACCAUGAGGCAAGGAGCUCUAUUCGCAGUGACUUGGUCAGUGCUGGAAAUUCUGAAAAUGUCAAAGAUGAUUUAAGUGGGCUUGAUAAAGCCGUUAGUGCAGUGUUGGGUCAAAGGACAAUUGAUCGCAACCAGUUGUUGGUAAACAUUGCAAAAAGUAAGCUUAUUAGGCGCCAUGAUGAGAAAAAUGAGAAAGUUACCAAGCCAGAGGAACUUGUUCGCCUAUAUGAUCUUCUAUUACAAAAUAUUUCAGAUCUUUCUGACUUAGUCAGUUCUGGAAGAGAUAGGAUGCAGGAAGAAGUGACAUUUGCUGAAGAGUGCUCGCUUAAAAGUAUAGCUUUCCGUGGAGAAAGGUGCUUUUACCUAGCAAAAUCAUACAGUUUGGCUGGAAAAAGAGCAGAAGCUUAUUUACUAUACUGCCAUGCCCGCUCCCUUGCUGAAGAUGCUAUGCAGAACUUCCGUAUUACAAAUGUCAGUGAUCCGAAGAUGAUCGAAGAGCUGAAGACAUUAGUCGAGGAAUGCAGAGCCAACAGUUGUAUAGAGCAUGCAACUGGAAUUAUUGAGGAGGUGAAGGCUCCAGAGAAUCUGUCAAAGAAGAUCUCUAAGAUGUCACUGACUGGAACUGAUAAGAAGUCGAUCAAAUUCCUCCUUCAAAGCCUUGAUAACUAUGAGUCCGCAAUUGGUGAUCCCAAUGUCAAAAGCGCUCCACGUAUCGAAGCCUUUCCUCCCGCGUUUCAGGCAAUCCCCCGGAAUCCCAUCGUUCUGGACCUUGCUUUUAACUUCAUCGAGUUCCCAUCUCUUCAGAAUAGAAUGAAAAAGGACCGAAAGGGCUUUAUCAGUAGGCUAUGGGGAUGAGUUCCUUCGGCAAGAAUCAAAGAUUUUUCUUUCCAUGGGGUACUCUCUCUCUCUCUUUUUGCUGCUCGAGUUUUUGUUUUAGCUGGUGGUUACAAGAAUAUAGAGACCUUUGGAACUGAUCUUUUAACUACUUCCCAGUACCCUUGUGAAUUUUGGAUCACAAUUAGAAUAUAAUGACUGCCUUUUUCUUGGUUCUCUAGGAUGUAUUACAAAGAAAUAGGACCAGUUUUUCAGGGUUUUUCUUAGAGAGCCUGCCUGUGAAAUGUGACCAUUACAGAAAUCACAUUGUUUAUUUUUCUGAUUUUGGAUACAAAUUUUGAAUUUAUUGCGGAUAUUUUAGACGUUUA